AUGUUUCUGGAACAGGGCUUCUCAGACACAGGGCUGAGCCUGGCGGGUCCAGGGCCAGCCGGGGUUGAGGAGCGGCUCCUCAUGAGCCUCUUGCCCCGGAAUGUUGCCAUGGAGAUGAAGGAGGACUUCCUGAAGCCCCCUGAGAGGAUUUUCCACAAGAUUUAUAUCCAGAGGCAUGACAACGUGAGCAUCCUGUUUGCUGACAUCGUGGGCUUCACGGGGCUGGCAUCCCAGUGCACAGCCCAGGAGCUGGUGAAACUCCUCAACGAGCUCUUCGGCAAGUUUGAUGAGUUAGCCACGGAGAACCACUGUCGCCGCAUCAAGAUCCUGGGGGACUGCUACUACUGCGUAUCGGGCCUCACCCAGCCCAAGACUGACCACGCCCACUGCUGCGUGGAGAUGGGGCUCGACAUGAUCGACACUAUCACGUCCGUGGCUGAGGCCACCGAGGUGGACCUGAACAUGCGUGUGGGGCUGCACACCGGCAGGGUCCUGUGCGGCGUCCUGGGCCUGCGCAAGUGGCAGUAUGACGUGUGGUCCAACGAUGUGACUCUGGCCAAUGUCAUGGAGGCUGCUGGUCUGCCGGGGAAGGUUCACAUCACAAAGACGACCCUCGCGUGCUUGAAUGGGGACUACGAGGUAGAACCAGGUCAUGGACAUGAGAGGAACAGUUUCUUGAAAACUCACAAUAUCGAAACCUUUUUUAUUGUGCCAUCCCAUCGGCGAAAGAUAUUUCCAGGCCUGAUUCUCUCAGAUAUAAAACCGGCCAAGAGGAUGAAGUUCAAGACCGUCUGCUACCUGCUGGUGCAGCUCAUGCACUGCCGGAAGAUGUUCAAGGCUGAGAUCCCCUUCUCCAACGUCAUGACCUGCGAGGAUGACGACAAGCGGAGGGCAUUGAGAACAGCCUCAGAAAAACUCAGAAACCGCUCGUCUUUCUCCACCAACGUGGUCUACAGCACGCCGGGCACUCGCGUCAACAGGUACAUCAGCCGCCUCUUAGAAGCCCGCCAGACGGAGCUGGAGAUGGCGGACCUCAACGUGGUCACUCUGAAGUACAAGCACGCUGAGCGGGAGCAGAAGUACCACCAGCUGCAGGACGAGUACUUCACCAGCGCCGUCGUCCUCGCCCUCAUCCUGGCUGCCUUAUUCGGCCUCGUCUACCUUCUGAUAAUCCCACAAAGUGUGGCCGUUCUGCUCCUGCUCGUGUUCUGUAUCUGCUUCCUGGUGGCCUGUGUCCUCUACUUGCACAUCACCCGUGUCCAGUGUUUUCCAGGAUGCCUGACGAUUCAGAUCCGCACCGUCUUAUGUAUUUUCAUAGCAGUCUUAAUCUACUCAGUAGCCCAAGGAUGUGUGGUGGGCUGCCUGCCCUGGGCCUGGAGCUCCAAGUACAACAGCUCCCUGGUGGUCCUCUCGGCUGGUGGCCGGCGCACGGUGCUGCCUGCCCUGCCCUGCGAGUCUGCACACCAUGCCCUGCUCUGCUGCCUGGUGGGCACCCUCCCGCUAGCCAUAUUCCUGCGGGUGUCCUCCUUGCCCAAAAUGAUCUUGCUCUGUGGGCUGACCACGUCCUACAUCCUCGUUCUGGAGCUCAGCGGAUACACCAAGGCUGGGGGCGCCGCAGUCUCGGGGCACAGCUACGAGCCCAUCAUGGCCAUCCUGCUGUUCUCGUGCGCACUGGCCCUGCAUGCCAGGCAGGUGGACGUCCGCUUGCGGCUGGACUACCUCUGGGCUGCGCAGGCACAUUUCCUCAUGUCCAAUCCGCGGAACAUGGACCUGUACUACCAGUCCUACUCCCAGGUGGGUGUCAUGUUCGCCUCCAUCCCCAACUUCAAUGACUUCUACAUCGAGCUGGAUGGCAACAAUAUGGGCGUUGAGUGUCUGCGGCUCCUCAACGAGAUCAUUGCCGACUUUGAUGAGCUCAUGGACAAAGACUUUUACAAGGACCUAGAGAAGAUCAAGACCAUCGGGAGCACCUACAUGGCCGCGGUGGGGCUGGUGCCCACGGCGGGGGCCAAGGCUAAGAAGUCCAUCUCCUCCCUCCUCAGCACGCUGGCGGACUUUGCCAUUGACAUGUUUGAUGUCCUGGAUGAGAUCAACUACCAGUCUUACAAUGACUUUGUCCUCCGAGUCGGCAUUAACGUGGGACCCGUGGUGGCUGGAGUGAUCGGUGCACGCAGGCCCCAGUAUGACAUCUGGGGGAAUACAGUCAACGUGGCUAGUCGGAUGGACAGCACCGGGGUUCAGGGCAGAAUACAGGUGACUGAGGAGGUGCACCGGCUGCUGAGGAGGUGCUCCUACCACUUCGUGUGCCGAGGCAAAGUCAGCGUCAAGGGAAAGGGUGAGAUGCUCACGUACUUCCUAGAAGGCAGGACCGACGGGAGCGGCUCUCAGGCCAGGUCCCUGCUCUUGGAGCGGAAGAUGUGUCCUUAUGGGAGAGGCAGACGCCCCCCAGUGUGCCCUGCGACAGGCCCUCCGCUCAGGGCCGGGCCCCCCCCGCAGCCCACCAGCCAGUACCUGCUGUCUGCAGCGGCUGGGAAGGAGGCUUAGUGGAGCCCGCGCUGGCCGCUGGGGGUGCACACAGGGCGAUAAUGCUCCUGGAGCGACACAGGCCAUGGCUCCAGCCAGGACCAGCUGAACCAGCAGAGCAGGCAGCCAGCACCAGGCUGGAGAAGGAGCACUGUCCAGGCGCGACCGAGGGCCACGCAGACACAGCAUGGCAGGGACUUGGGAAGGGGAGGACCCUGUCUGCAAAGACACCCAGGCUCUCGGAAGAUGGGCCUGCUCUAUCCCCCGUUCAGUGGCACAGAGAGCACUGUCUCUUCCAGCAGACCUGCCAGGUUUGACCAGGUGGGCGUCAGCGUCGGGACUUUGAGAACAUCUUCCAGGGUUACAGGGGGAGCCAUGGAGCUAUGGCUGGCAGAGUGAUCAGGGAGCCCGCCAUGAGUGUGCCCCAAGAUAGCUCCGUGUCAACCUAGCCGUGGCAGGUCCUGGCACGUGGUGGUCCAGCCCUGGGCAGUGGCUUGAAGAGCCAAAGUGGGAAGCUGAGCCUUGCUGGGUAGGGCCAUGAGGACUGGGGUCUUUCACACCGUGGGCUUGGCACAGAUUCACUUGGGUCUUGGCAGGACGGUUUGGGGAAAAUUGAGAACCCACCUCACUGCAUGGAUAGUGGUGGCCGCUGGCUUUCCUCAAGAGUAGCUUUUAACUAAGAGCCAGAGGUGGGUCUUCUGAAGUCUCGGGGGUCCCUGCAGCAUCAUCUGUGUAAUUGUGGCCAGCACCGGCCACUGUCCUGCCUGAGCUUCUGGCCCUGUAAAAGCUGGACAUCCCGCUUCCUGCUCCAUCACUGUGCCUGUUCAGAGGAGCAUGGGGACGGGUGCACUUCUUGCCUUCCCGUGUGGCAUCUUGGGUCCUGUAUGUUUAACAAUUGUGCCAGGCUCUAUUUAUGCUGACAAUGAGUGACCCCCACACCCUGAGUAACUUUUCUUGAUGGAAGGUGCUGUUUCUCCAGCAGAACCAGCCCCCCUGGAUGGGGUCUUUCAGAGUUAACAUAAGGUCGUGAGUCCAGGCAUUCCUGCUCCAGGUGGCGCUGUGUGGCAGUCACGGUGAAGAUGAAGACUGAGGAUGUGGGGAUGGGUCCAGGAGGGCUGGUGGGGAGGGACUGGCCAGAAAUAGCUGGAUGAUGCCUGGCACAUGGAAACCUCAGACCUUAUCAGAGGGAGGACAGGAGGGAAUAUUCUAGGCAGGCUUGACACUGGGGAGACGAUCAGAAACCCACAGCUGCGAAAUGUGGCCAGAGAGGUUUCUGUGGAUUGCAGGUGAGGCCUGAGCCCAGCCCCUGCCCACAGCCAGCAGGCUUGGGGGUCCCUCUCCUCACUACUUUCUAAGGGCUUGACCCCCUUCCUGGGGGUCCCAACUUUUCAGAGUAGGAACAGAGAAAAGCCCAGACCUCUUUCCUGGAGUGUAGACCUGUGUGUAGGGGGGACCAAUCCAAUCCGUGAUAGGGUGGGGUGGGGGUGGUCUCCCAUCAUGGUGUAUCAGAUGUGGCCUCCUACCUGGAGAUGGCUGGACUCCAGCUCAGUCGUGUGGCUGUGUGGGGCAGCAGAGACCUUGCCAUAGCUGGCGGAGGCCAGGCUGGUGGGUGGCAUUGCAGGGCAACAAGUAUGGUGAUGCUUGGGGCAGGACAGAGGUGGGCAGGGUGGAUGCUGCAGGAGAGGGAACAGAGGCAGCUGAGUGCAGGAUUCCUGUCUUUCUCUCCUGGGCAUGUCUGUGGCUUCUGUGAUGGUGCAGGAGGCAGGACAGGCUCAUCUCAGACAGAAGCCACACGGAGCAAGGCGGUGGUGAAUGCUGGCCCUGGGCACCACGGUUCUGGGCUCUCAGGCCAGCUGCUGACCUCAGACCCGCAGGCCAUUCAGAAGGGAGAGUGCCUCCCUGGCCCAGCUUGUUCCUCACCAUUCCUGGUCCCUUGCGGGGCUCUUGAGCCUCAGUGCCACUGCCCACCCUGGGCUGUCCAGGUGGGGAAUAACUCCCAGAGAUGUCCAUGCCCUAGUCCCAGGCCCCAUGGAUAUGCCCUGUCACGCAGAAAAGGGGACUUUGCAGGUGGGAUUAAGGUUAGGGACCCUAGAAUGGGAGAGGAUCCUGGGCUACGUGGAUGGGCUCUCAGAAGUGUAUGCAGGAGGUAGGAGAGCCAGGAAUGAUUCCAAGCAUGAUAGAGACUGAGCCAUCAUUGCUGGUUUAAAGGUGAGGAGACCAUGAGCCAGCAUCUGGGACCGCUCAAACAUGAGGACAGCCCCAGCCCCAGCCAGUGAGGUAGCAGGGAUGUUGCUCCCACAACCACAAGGAGCUGAAUUUAGCCACAACCUGAGUGGGCAGGAAGCAGGUUCACCCAGAGCCUGCAGAUCUGAGCCCAGAGUGGCCACAGCUUGAUUUGGCUGGUGAGACAGCACAGCAGCCGCAUCAUGCCAUGUCUGGGCCCGGGGUUUGCAGAGCCGUGAGGUCACACGUGUACACGUGUCAGGCCUCUGAAGGUGCGGUUACCUGUCACGGCAGUAGGAGGAAGCCAUUGUGGAGGACCACACUGCCUCCUCUGCACACGGACUGUUCUGAAAUGGCACCCACAAGCUUGGCGAGGCCUCUACUCCAGAGGCCAAAGUCUCCAUCAUCAGCAGCCCCAGAUCCUUUCCACUUCCUGGGAGUUCAGGAACUGUUUAGCUACAACGUUCCUUGGGGUGAAAAACUUCCUUUUUAUUUGUGAUAAAACUGUAUUAUAUUGCCUUAUUUAUUUUUAAUCUUGUACAAUAUUCAUGUACACAUAUUGGAGCCAUUUGGGUAGGAUUCUCUCAAUUCUUUUAAGAUGCUCUGUAAAUAGCGCACUGAUCACAGGCGCUGCCUGUUCACUGGUACCAAAAAUGAAGGAAAGCCUGACCUCCACUUCAGCCCCUGGACCCCCACCUCAGCCCCUGCUCAGCGAGGCUGCGGCCCUUUGGAAAUGCCAUGCGUGUCCCUGAUGUGACCCUCACACGCCUCCCGUGCCUGGCGCCGUAGAGUAGAAUGCAGCCCCAAUGCGCUUCUGCGGUGUCCGUGUCCUGCUGUGGACGCCCCCAGGCCCAGCAGCCCACGUUUCAGACUCUGCAGCUGCUGGGGCUUUCGGAACACCUGUCACAGAAGCAAUAACUAACUUUACUGCAGAGAUGGGUCUGGCCAAAGCACAUGGCUAACACAGACAAGCCAUGCGUUCAAGUUCACCCAACUCCACGUGUGAUGGGGGCUGCCAUCCUGAGGCCCCCACGCCUUCCUGAAGACCCUGCUCUGGCGGCUCCAUCCCCAUGGGUUGGGCCGUCAGGGCUGGUCAAGAGAUCAGCACCCCAGGCACAUGCAGACAGGGCUGGCGUCAAAGCUCGUCAGAUCAUUGUGACCACACCCUGCUCGGGUGGGCACCCUCCAUCCCAGAUCUGCUCAGAUCCGUGGAUCUCAGCACCAUCUCAGGUGGACCCAGGGGUAAGCUGCUUGGCGUGUCAUGGCAGAACGCUCAAAGGAUGACAUUUCUAUGCUUACCUGUGAUUUGCUGUCUUAGGGAAAUGAUGGCUGGUUGGAGGCUGCUCCUGCUCACUUCCAUGGAGCUGGUGCCUCCUGGCAGGAGAAGAGCCCAGGGGGACAGGACUGUAUAGGGUCAAGGCCCCAUGCCCGGCGGGCCUGGGCGUGGGGAGGUUAGUUUGGGUGGCUUGAGGGACUGUGCUUGGAGGAUGACAGAGACAUCUUACUUGAGGAUCCCAGAUAUCCAUGAUAACCACGGGCACAUGAAUCAGUCCACAGUCUUUGGUACUGGAGAGGAGAUGCCGUGGCCAUUGUCCCCAGUUGGCAUUCCCCCAAGUUGUGGGGGAAAUGGGUCACCUCAGCCUCCUGUGGCCUUGGUCCUCACUGCACCUGCUGAGUCCACCAGAGCUGGGUAGGCUGAGACCACAGCCUCCGCUGGGCCGAGGCCAAGAGACUGGAGCUGGGAGCCUCCCUGGUGUGGCAGGGGCAGGGCCUGCAGGGCAGGAGCAUGGACAGAGCUGAGAGCAGGUGUCCAGGAGGGCUCAGUCCAGCUCAGUGGAAAGAAGGGUCUUCUGGCUACGAUUUUCCACAGAUGGAUUCGGGGGCUCCAGGUGUGGUAGGCCCAUGCCUAUGGUGGCAUGGUUUGGGGAGGAGGUUCCCACCUGCGCACUGCGGUGUCUGUGACUCUGUUAAUUGAUAGCAAGAAGCUGAGGAUACCCCAUGCCCAGGAGAGAGCAGGGCCCUGGAGCAGCCCAAUGCAAGGCUCCUAGGGCUGGGAAGGUGGAGGGGACCUGGAGGUGGACUGAUUUCUCACUUUUUAAAAUAAUCCCUCUACAAUAUCAGCACUAAAGUCAGCACCAGGGACACUGAGGCACUAAAAUGGUCCUGUUUUGUAUGUUUGGUUGUUUGUUUUGUUUGGGGGUUUUGCAGGACUCACAGAAGCCUGUGAGAGAGACUCAGGGUGGGUGUCACCGCAGGAAUUCCAGAAACAGGACUUUCCAGCUGAGUAUGUCAGAGUCGCUCCCUCCCAGCUGUGCAGUGGGAAGGGAGACAAAGGACAGGUGGUCUUCGUGGGUCGUAGUUCACAAUCAGUGGGAAAAAACAUCUUGGAAAUCAGAAAACCAACCACAGUAGCUGCCAUCUGGCCCACCAUUGUCCUCUGUACCUGACAGGAGUUAGUCAUUUUAGGUACAAUCCCUUCAUCUUUUGUGAAAUCAAUGAAGUUUCCUUCUACUCGUCACUAGAUUCAAUGCGUUCUGUGCUAACAACCCCAGGGAAAGGGCAGCCAGCGCUCUCUUGUCUAGUUAAAAAUAUGUCCAGUGAAUCUUAAGGAAACACUUAUUACUGGUAUCCAAUCCUGGCUUCUCUGGGCCCCUUCAGUGUGCAUCACUCACUCUCCCGUCCAUACAGUCCGUGGAGGGAGUAGUAUUAUAGUCCUUAUGCUGUUAAUGAAGAAUAUGAGGCCCAGAGAGGUUAUGGACUUAAGCAAAGUCACACAGCCUUGAGAAGCAGGGCCAAGAUUCAAUCCCCUGUUCUGUCCAGUUCCAAGCCCUGUGUUUUCCAUUACAUUUAGUGCCUCUUUGCUAACAGUAAAAUCUGCGAAAACUGUUUUGAUUUUGAUGGAGAACUCUAGCUUGUCUACACACAAGCACCCACCAUGGUGGGGGGCACACCUGAGCUGGUGGGUUCCGAGCAUGGCCGAGGCUGGUCCCCGCAGGCAGGGCUUGCUCUGGCCACCCAUUCUUGGAGCAUGUGCCCAAGUCUUCACUGGCACUGGCAGUCCUUGGCCUCACGUUGCUAAACUAGAGCAAAGAAAUUCCUCCCAGCUAAGCCGUAUUCCUCUUUUAACAACCGAUCCCCAGCAAGAAAAUAAAACACUAGGGUUGAAAAAUGCCUACAUGUCAUAUCAUACUUUACAUUCUAAAACCAUGUUGGAGCACAACCUAAGAAGAUACAGAAUCUACCCUUAACCAAGGAGGAGCAUUGCCACCCUUUUCUGUAAGGUCUCUCUGACAUCAAAUAGGCAGAAAUGUGGCACCCCCAGACACCCCCAAACUACACACCGUUUUCCCACUUAGACUGAACCAGCCCAGGCUCCCCGUUCCUGACAGGAGUUUCAUGAGCUCUGGUUUAGUUUGCUGUUCCUGCUCUUGUCGUCUUCUGCCGUAUGCUCGAUGUUACUGACGUAUGCCACCGGUGGGUGUAGGUGGAUCAGGGUGCCUUCUCAGAGAUUAGAGGAUGUUCAAAGAGCAGAUUUCCCUGGGAGGGUUCAGAAGGCAAGAAAGGGAUUACGACGGAUGGUGAGAAAUUUGUCAGCCACCAGGGAGAUCAGGGAUUGUGAUGGAUGAGAAAUUUGGCAACCCCCAGGGAAACUUGGCAGUGUGCCCCGACUGCCUCCUGGACACUGGUUCCUGCUGGUGCCAGGCAGCUCAGACUUUCAGAUGGGUUGGUUUCCAAAACAGCUUUCAGCCACGUAUUGAGAAUUAAUGUUUUUAAAUAGAGAUGAUAUCCUAAACUAACUCCCAGGAGAUCUGUCAAACCUCUUGGGCUUAACAAACUUGGUCAGGACUGUCGGCAAGAACAGCUGCUCGGGCGUCCUGCCUGUGGUCUGCUUCCCAUGGCGUGUGCAGCGGGAAGUUGGCCCAACAGCAGCCAGAACUUGUUUCUCGCCUCCCACCAGCAACCCCCGCUCCACCCCAGGCCCCAGGCACACGAAGCACAAGUCUCAGGGGACCAUUCCCAUGUGUGGGGAUCCUGAGGAAGCCCACAGCUGCCUCUUACAUAUACCGGGAGUGUCGCUACAACUGACCACCAGGAGCACACACACCCAGUGCCGGAGAGGCAUAUGGUUUUGCCUUCACCCCUGUUAAAACUGCACAUAUGCAAGCUAUUUGCACUCUGGAAUUGCAUGCCAUGAAAUUCCUGAUUGUGUGGAACUUAGUUUGAAUUUGAAAUACGCAGCAUGCACUAAGGGACCAGCCCGGGUCCGCCCUGGAGUCGUUCUGUCCGCUGGCUACGGAGCAUCCCGUAAGCUACUGUGAGUCCCAUGGAGCCUGAGCUUUGUGUAGCUAGUGCACUUAUUAUGCACCAUCUGUCUUCAGCCUACAUUCCCCUUUGUCCACCAUCCUUUCUCAUUUAUACUGAUUGCACACCAACUUGCACAGAUGAGAGUAAUGUCACUAUGAUGACCAUCUCUUAGCGGUAGACUCCAUUCUGAUUUAAGGUAAGCCCAAAGCUCACUUUUGGAUUUUCUUUACUCUCUGAGAAAAGUUGUGUAAGCUCCUAUGUCCUUCUGGGCUUGGCUAGGCAAGGUUGUGUCCCUCAAUAGGAUGGAGAGUGGCAUGGGCAAGGUGUCGUUUUCUCCCACAAUUUAACUCACCGAGGAUGCUUCUGUAGAGGUGAGAGCACGAUGACUCUGUUCAGAAUUACAAUAACUCAAUAUCACUGGGUAACUUAUGAUAGAUUUGUAUAAUCAAUACGGGUCUAUUUUUAUGUCAACUGAACACUGUAGAGUACCUUCCAGUCUUUUUCAAGAUUGUUAAAUUGAGACCAGUAAUUGGAUAAUUUGUCCUAUUUUUAUUUGAAAAAAGUGAAUGGACUGAAAAGUUAAAUGUGAAUGUACAUUUCUUAUUUGCAACUUUUCUACUGAGUGUUUGCACUAUACUUUCUGGGAUCUUAUUUAACAAAAAUAAAGGAAAAAAUUGCUUGACUAAACUCUGUGACCAUUUUAAUUGAAAAAUAAAUGGUUAUGUGGAUGUUUUAAA